AUGUCUUUCAGAAACAAGUUAAAUUUUUAUAAUAUGCUCGAUCGAUUAAUUCCUUCUGAUAUAUUGAAUCAGGACUAUGAUAAAGAUUAUGUGGCUCGACGUAAUUUAUUGCAAGCGCGUUCUGUUAUUAUUGUCACAGUAUCAGUAUGCAUCGCUCUUCUUUUACAACUCCUAGUGGACCUCUGUCUGAUAUUACUUAAUGGAUCAAUAAAUCAUUCUGAAUUUCCGUGGCCAAUUACCUUAUUCGGUACUACUUUUUAUGUUGGAUUCCAAACUUUAAGUCAUGCAAACUUUUUUGCUGUUCCUCCUUUCGGAUCCAUUGGAAAAGAGACACCAAUAUCAUUGUCAGCUACUGGAUGGGUUGCUUAUGAGCAAGAAUUCCAAUAUAAUCAAGAACGCAUGCAAAAAUCCCUGGAUGAGGCGAAAUCUGCGGAAAUCGCAAAGUCCAUGUUUAUUUCCAAUGUCAGUCACGGUAUACUUGCGACCGUCGAAAUUUUGUCAAAUACAAAAUUAAAUGAAUCUCAACGCGCACUACUAAAAGCCAUAGAAAGUUGUGGAACGAAUUUAAUCUCGGUAGUUAAUCAAGUAUUGACAUAUGCAAAAAUUGAACAUGGAAAAAUGGAACUAGAAAACAAAGUAUUCGAUAUUUAUGCAGUGAUGCAAGAAAUAGGGGAUGCGUUAGCACCAAUUUCUGAGCGAAAAAAGCUAAACUUCGAUAUAUGUAUAAAAAUGAACCCGAUGCAUAGAUUCCUUGCUGGGGAUGUUGGAGUUUUAAGGCAAAUCAUAUUGAAUAUUAAGUUCACUGAUGAAGGAGAUGUCGAACUAAUUACUGUCGAAUUAACUGAUGAAGUUGAGUCUAAGCAAGAGAAUAAACAAAAGAUUUCACUGCCAUCCGAAAGUGGGGUUAUCAAUAGUGAUGAACAUAGUUCAGAAUCACAAAAAGUUAAGUUUCGAAUAGAAGUAACUGAUACUGGACCCGGAAUUGAUCCUGAUUUUAUGAGUCAUAUGUGUCGACCAUUUUCUCAGGAAGACUCAUCUUUGCGUAGAAAAUUUGAGGGAACAGGACUAGGUCUUAGUAUCGUUAAAGAAGUUGAAUCAAAUGUUGGAAAAGGAAGUAAAUUCUCUUUCGUUCUAGAACUUCCCUUAUCUCAAAGAUUGGAUUCCCUUGUUCCAUCUCAAUACCCGUUUGAUCAUCAAUAUUUAUUAUUGGCCUACGAAAAACAAACUCAAUUAAUAUCAUAUUCAAAGUCUUUAUUCUUUGUUGUACUGGAAUCAGAAAAUACUGAAUUCCUGCGACGAAUAACAUAUUAUUUGGAUCAAUGGGAAUUUAAAUAUCGAUUAAUAAAAAAGGAAGAAUUGAAGGUUGAGUUUGAGAAAGAGCAUGUGGACAUUGUGAUUUUAAAUGAUAGUCUUAGUGAUCUGGAGUGGUUUUUGGACGAGUUUGUACAAUUUUAUAAACCUGUAAAAUGUAUUAAGGAAGGAGGCGAGGAAAGUAUAGUGCGAGAGCAUAAGGAUGAGAAGAAACAACGAAUAGUGUUCUUUUCAAAGAUUGAAGAUUAUCAAAAUGCGGAGAAUACAUUACAAAAGUAUAAAGUCCGAUUUGCUGUUGUUAUAUCGAAGCCAGCUGGUCCAGUAAAAAUUUUAACGGCCAUAAUAAAAGUGGUAGAAUCUUUACUUUCUCCCACAUCCGAACCUGUAUGCGUGAUAAAAGAAGAGCCUGCUAUAUAUAAUUACGUUCAGACCCAAGAAAUAUGUCUAGGAAGUGAUCUAUUAUGUUCACCAAGCAUGUACGGAUCAACGGCUGAUAUGACGGAAGGGUUUCCGAUCGGUGUUGGCGAAAAAGCUAUAGUGAGUUCGGGUUCUGAUACUACGAGCACGGAACGUACUGAAGUAAAAUCGAUUGAAGAACAACCUUCCGAAGUUGAGAGAUCUGAUGAAAAGAAGGAGAAAGAAACGGAAGAGAAAAAGUCACUGAAGGAUAUAUCUUUCCUUAUCGUUGAGGAUAACAAGAUUAACGCAAUGAUUUUAAAAACAAUGUUAAGACAAGCUGGAUUUAAUAAUUAUGAUGUAGCUGCUAAUGGGCUUCAAGCGGUCCAAAAAUUUUCUAAAACAUUAUAUGAUAUAAUAUUUAUGGAUUUACAAAUGCCAAUUUGUGAUGGGAUUGAAGCAACGAAAGAAGUAGAAAACGGUGAAGAAUCAUAUUUGAUAUCCGAAACACUAAAAAGUUCUGAUCCAACAAGUCAUUAUGGGAAACGCCGAAAAAAAGCGAUUAUUAUAGCGAUGACUGGACUUGCCUCUGAAGAAGAUAGUGAAGCCGCGGAAGCAGCGGGAUGUAAUGAAUUUUUAACAAAACCUGUGUCAAUAAAAACUCUAAAUUCGCGUAUGGAAUGUUGGACGCGUGAAAUAUUGGAGUCUGAUACCGGUGAAAACAUCAUAGAAGAGACAAAACCACAAGAAGAAAAGGAAAAGCGACCUUCACAAAUAAUUGAGGAAACAGUCGAACAACCACAAAUAGAGUUAGAAAUGAAAUCAGACACACCAUUGGUACCAUUAAGGCCGAUAUAG